GCUAGUAUAUUUCUAAUACAUCACAAAAGCAUUUCAGUUUAAUCAGCAAUAAUGAAAGUUUUCUUUUUUGAUUCCAUUGUUCAUCUGCUAUUAUACAGACCAAAAACUGAAUGACUUACUUUUUUGUUCUCAUUUGAAGUGUACUUCCUGUGAUUUGGGUUUGGUUUAUUUUGUCACCUUUGCUUAGCUCAGUUGGGUUAUUUAGUUCGUAUAAUAUUGCUGAGAGAAUAUAAGUAAUAAUGUCUUUUUCUUCCUUUUUUGUUUUUUAUUUUUUUUAACACAGAAAGCUGGUUGCUGAUGUAUAUUACUACUAUUGAGUUGCAUAAUAUUUUUGGCUGGGUUGAAUUUUAAUUUCAAAGAUAUAAUUUACAGAACACCAUUUAUAUAAUUUUGUCAUUAUCUCCCUAUCUUUUGAAGAUAUAUUUUGAGGGAUAUCAGGAAUAAAAUAAGCAAAACCAAAGUCCAAGAACAAUGCCUUCUGGAAUGGAGAUUUUCACCCAUUCAGGACCUUCACAUCUCACUACAGUGGACUGGAAAAACCCACAUCACAGAAGAACUGUUGCAGCAAGUUUGGUAGAAGGAGCAUACAAAAUAGAACGAGACAGGCAGCAAAAUCUCCAAGGACAUGAAGCUCUGGCACCACCUUGGUGGGAAUUCUUCCAUUUUCAAGUAAGCCAUGUACUUGUAGACGAUGUUGACCAUUCUAUCUUCGGUGUGAUCUACGAAUCCAAAUUCCCAACUUCUUACUUCAAACAUUCCGAGCUCAAAGCUCCAAGAUAUGUUAUGGCGUUUCGCGGAACCUUAACUCAACCAGACACAAGAUCCAGAGACCUCAGAUUGGAUUUCAGGUGUAUCAGCAACAGGCUCCACGAGAGCUCUCGGUUUCAGCUUGCAAUGCAGUCAAUCCAAAACAUGGUUUCUUUAGCUGGAGCUGAAAACGUAUGGUUGGCUGGACACUCUUUAGGUUCAGCUAUAGCUUUGCAAGCAGGAAAAAGUAUGACUAAAAUGGGUUUUGCACUUGAAACGUAUCUUUUCAAUCCACCAUUUAUAUCUGCUCCAACAGAGAGGAUCAAGGAAGAGAGAGUGAAGCAUGGGAUUCACAUGGCAAGCAGUGUUGUCAAAGCAGGGCUUAGUCAUGUUGUGAAAAGUCGAAAUAACCGCAAUACCACCAAAGAAGAAGACCCUUUUGUUGUGUUAGCUUCUUGGUCUCCUUACCUGUUUCUGAACCCUGCUGAUCAUAUUUGUUCAGGAUAUAUUGGGUAUUUCGAGCAUAGGAAGAAGAUGGAGGAGAUUGGAGCUGGGAAGAUAGAGAGAUUAGCAUUAAAGAAUUCCAUAGAGAGUAUAUUUUCAGGUGCUUUAGGGAAGGAAUCAGAGCCGUUCAAUUUUCUUCCCUCAGCAAUUGUUACUAUUAAUCAGACUCCAGCACCAGAUUUUAGACGUGCCCAUGGAGUUGAACAAUGGUGGAACCCCAAUUUCCAUUACCGUUCCAUGGUGUUUCAUUUCAGUAACUGAUUGAUGGACCUUUUUUGUUUGUUCUUUUUUGGUGUAUGAAAGAAAAAGCUAUCUUUCAUCAUAAUUCACACAGAAGUGUGUUGGUGUAUGACCCGCUGCUUUGAAUAGAAUUCAAAAA